GAGUCACGUUCGCAGUUCGAAUCUUUAGUUUCACUACAACCACAGGGCGGUGCAGCCGUGGCCAAUACCACUGUUGCUAGUGCGAAAUGUUAACUUGGCGAGUGUGUUACGGUAGUGCAGUUUACGUUGUUGUGUCGUAUUUCGGAGAAAGGUCUUGAAGUCGCUGUGAAUGAAAAGGCGUCGAAAGUGUAAUAUUGGCAUUGGAUCGUGUUUUUUGUGUAUAACAUUUUGAAGAAAGUGAAACUGAUGUCUAAGAUAAUUUAUUAAAUUGAUGCUGAUUUCAACUAUCGCCAUUUUGUAGUGGCCGCCAUCUUGACGACGCAAUGUGAUAAAGAACUCGACAAUGUUGCUGAAAUUUUGCAAAUCAUGCCAGUACUGCCUGGAGACUAUGUACUGGAACUGUUGCGAGGAGAGAUUCUGUUUCGAUAAGAAGAUAGCAACAUACAAACUAGAGGAGGACAGUGCACACGUGAACGGUUACUCGAACAUGGGCGCGUCUGCGGAGAGCGUGGUGACGUCACAGCCGCUCAACAACAACCACCUGCCGCCCGCCGCCUCGCGGCAGCUCACCGAGAUGCCGCUGCACGCGGACAAGCUGUACGAGGUAUUCUCCAAAUCGUUGAUAUUCAGAGACGACCAUGAGCUGAAAAAAAAUAGCACGGAUUCCCUCGACGAACUGGAAACUAAAUCAGAACCUGACUACUUAGACAAACCCAACCGGACCAAAGUUUAUUUCGAAGACGAAGUCAACUCGCCGGUCACCGACUUCGAAAUCAUGUUCAAAGACGAACUCCUCGCCGACUACGGCAUGUUCAAGAUCGACGAAGAAGAGGAAGCGGAGAGAAAGAGUUCCGACGGAGAAGAGGGGCUGACUAUGAACGUGGUCACUGUCAAGAAGCAAGACGUGGUCAAACCCAGUACGGUGACGAUGAAGAAUGAAGACAAAAUCACGAUACACCACCCGAUAUACAAAUACGACCCUAUAUCCGUCGUCGCUCUACCCUCCACUCUCAGUUUACCGAGAGUCGAAAACGUCAAAGGUAUACUCAGAAGUAACAGUGCUAAAGGUUUAGAGAGAGUCGACAGCGUCAACAAGCCGUCUAGACCUGUCCUGAAUAGAGUGGAAAGUUUGAAAAGUAUAGAUCCGCAGAAAAUUAACAAAGUGCUAGCCAGAGUCCCGCAUAGGAGCGCUUCUUUUCUAAAUAUACCGGUACAUUUGACCCCAGAAAAACCUCCACUGAUGAAAUCCAAAUCCGUAGUGGGAGUGCUGUCAUCGGCCGACAGUGAAAUUAAACUGAGUAGUCUUCCAGACACGCCUAUAAUCAAGAGUACCAAUCUGCCGAGGUUCUUCGCCGACAGUCCGGCUAUACCCGAAUACAGAGGCGACACGACACUUCAAAGUAUAAAAAUGAAAACAGAACUGAUGUUCCAAGAGAACGACUUCAGUAUGCCGCGGUACUACGGCGCGGUCCACGAGAGCAAGUCCAUGCCGGACCUGAGGGGUCCGCUCGCGCAGGGGAAAGUCAGCAAACGAUUGGUGAAGCUGAGGGGACGUUUGAAACCUUUAGUUAUAAGGAAAAGUUCGGAGGAAAGACUUUGAGUGUUGACCUAUAGUAUUCCUUUACAUAAAGACGUUUAUUAAUAUUAAACUUUGACUAUAUAGAACCCACCAAGGAAGCUUACUGAAAUAGAAAAUAUUUUUAUCAAAUUGAUUAAUGAAAUAACACACUUUUGGAUAAUACGACAAUGAAGUAAUCAUUUUAUAAAAAAUAUCUUACUUUAACCUACAAGGUACGGUCCUCAAAUGACUUUUGUUUCCUUGACGUUUAUUAUUCUUUUCAUAUACAUUCUUCAUAAGUUUCUAUGCUUUCUAACAUCUUCAAACUUUAGAUACAAUAAAUUGAAUGGCAAAUGUCUUUCUUUGCGUCGAUUUAAUCAGUUAUUCACGGCUAUUAUUAGUACUUUAAGUUAAUUACCUACUUAAUAAAGUGAUUAUUGCGUAUAUCGAAAGGACGUCGUUCCUAUUACACAGUAUUUAUUGCUCAAACGCUGUACCUAGACAAUUGUGAUUUUAAAAUAAUUAAAAUUAAGUUUUAAAAUAAGUAUUAUUAUUAUUAUCAUCGCGAUGUGUUGUAAGCAUUCUAGUCAUAUCACAUCACUUAAUUUUAACUUAAUUAAUCGUAUCCUUACCAAAUUUUGUUAUAUAUGAGAUAUGAGUAUGAUCAUAUUUUAUCAAUAGUAUUUUUACAUUUACUAUUUUAAACGAUUGUUUUAAUUUAAGAGAAUUUUCAUCUAAAUAAGUGUUUGUAAUUAUCCAUAUUAAGAUCUGCCAAAAUAUCAUAAUAACUAGAUUGUUUAUAAAUUCACAUAAUACUUUUUUGUGCCUUCGAAUUAUAAACAAUGAGACUAAUACAAUAUGUAAUUAAAGAACUAUUCUUAUAUAAUAAAUGACC